AACUGGGCGAAAACCAGUCGAAAUCGCACAUUAGGGUGAUCAGCACGCGAUCACACGAAUCGACCACAAAAACGAAAAUUAGGAGGGAUGUAUUACAGAAAAAGGAGCCUGAUAUACGACUGUUCGUACACCGAUCCCGUGUUUGAUCCUGCUUACAGGGUGGAGCACAGGUACACGCGUCCCUUGAGGAACUACACCCCGCUUUAUGUGGGGGAGGUCAAUGAAAAGAACGAAUCGUUCACCAGGGGUAAAUAUUCGUCUUUGUGGCCGCUUUGGGAACGAACAGGAAGAGACUGGGGAAGUUGGAAAUAUUUUGUCGAUUAUUUAUCAAGUUACACUUCCGUUAAAGAUCUAGGGUUACAAGAGAAUUUGAUGGGUUAUUGGCCCAUUCCAUCCAGGAGAGGAAGAUACUACAUUUAAAUAUAAACCACAUAUUUACAAUGAUAUUUUUUGAUUAAUUUAAUAAAGUCUAUUUUUAUACAAACAA